GGAAACUGAAACUUAACUCGCAUCUGUCCCAAAAUUAUACCUAACCUUCCCUAUAAAAACCCUCCCCAGUGACUGUUUAAUAAGAAAGAGUUUGGAUGAGGAUCUCAGUGUUUUGCAGAAGGAAUGUCUGAGGACAAGCUUAAACUGUUGUCCUGCCACUUUACUUGGGACUUGCAAAAGGAAGAUGCUGACCUUAACUUUCUCGAAGUGAAAGUUCGUGAAAUACUGGCAGUGAAGUGCGAGUAUGGAGGAAAACUGAAACAAAGAGAAUUCAACUUUUUGGCCUUUAUUAAGCAUUUACAAGGAUUUAACGAUGAGGCGCUUAAGAACCUGCAACUAGCAAAGAAGGAACAUCCGGACGAUGACAGCAAUGUGAUUGUGACGUAUGGAAACCUGGCCUGGGUGCACAGUCUCAUGGGCAAUGUGACUGAAGCUGAGACUUACACGGAGAAAGUGCAUGAAAUCCUUAGAGCUUUCCCUGCUCCGUCUCCAGCAGAGCUUCACAGAGAAGUUCAGAGCGAAAAAGCCUGGUCGCUUCUCAAGUUUUCUAGAAAGACCUACAUCAGGGCAAAGGAGAGUUUCCUUGAAGCUUUACAGAAAGAGCCGGAUGACAAAGAAUGGAACACAGGCUUUGCCUUUUCUCUGUUCCGUCUGGAGGGACUGAAGAUUGGUCCGUACAAGCGUGUACGGUUUGAAGAGUCUCCUGCUGUGCUCCAGUUGAAGAAAGCUCUGAACCUGGACCCGGAGAAUGCAAUGAUCCAUGUGUAUCUGGGGCUUAAGUGCUACAAGAACACAAAGAACGGAAAUAACGCAGAGGCAUGGCAAUACAUGACGCAAGCGCUCGCGAGCAGAACUUUCAAGCAGUACAGGUUGGGCUCAGAGAGAGCUGCGGUUGAGCAUUAUAAACAAGGAAUGAUGCUGGGGCGAGUGUCCACCGAAUGGAUGGCAUGCAGAAACAGACUGAGGAAAGUCCUUCAGCAUGACAGAAGGGACACAUAUGAGAUCCGGAUGCUCUUUCAUUCCUUUAGAACAGAGAACCAAGAUGAUUAAGAGAGAUCAAUUCAAUCUCUGUUCAAGUUCCUGUAGUAAUCUUCAGUCACGUAAUGACCAUAGCAAUAGUUCUGCUGUUUCCUUUUUGAUCCACUGAGUUAUAUAUAAGUGUAUUAUUUUUUACAGUAUAUAUAAUCUGUUUUUCCAAAUGUUUAUUAUAAUAAAUUAAUUGACAGGUAGAUGACGAUAACCAGCCAUUUGUGUAAAGACAUUAACAAUGUAGUCCUUAUGUGUCUUUUCAAGUUAAACCUCAAGUUGUGCACACACGUAAUGCAGUUUUUCAUGAUGACCCCCCCCCCCAUGCCUCUUUAUGAUGCACUGAUGACUGAAUGUAACAAAAUUGAAGGAAAUAUUGAAAAUGAUCAGUGGUUUUAGUUGUUCCAACAUCUAAAAUAUGAUGAAUUAUGUUGAUAAAUUAACAUGACAACUGGUUAGAGUGCAGCAUUUUUAUUUCAGUGGAACUAAGCAUUGUUUUCUGUCAUUUUUAGUUAAAAUAUGCCGCAGACAUGCACCUUUAGAUCAAUACAAGCUGAGCGAAUACAAGCUAAAUUGCUAGUAUUCAAAACGGAUUUAUUUUUUCAAUUAGCUGCAGGAAUUUUGCUUUAUCUGGAGUUCAAGAAACACACACAAACCCUGUGAGAUAUUUUACAGUCUCAAUCAAAUUAAUGA